UGGCUGGCGAUAACAGCAAAAGAGAAAUAUCACAAAAAAAAACCUUUUCAUUUUCAAGACAAACAUGUAAAAAAAUAUGAGUUUGGCAGAGUUGAUAGUGACCAAGACAAGAAAAAGCACACGCAGCUCUGCAAAAGACAACCACGACGACGAGUGAGUGGAGUAGAAAAGGACCAGGAGUGGAGUAGUGGAGUAGGAGCAGGAGCAGUAGACCGAGGGCGGGCGGAAAAAUCAAUCGCAGCGACAGGGAGCCAAGAAACCCGCCACCAUGGUGAUAGAGAAGAUCAUCGGCGACCUGGAGUCAAACAUGACGCUGGAGAAUGAGGAGGCCAAGCGGAAACUGGUGGAGCUGCUGACCCAGAACAAGGAGCAGUGGUUGGUGCAAUUCAUGCUGGACUACUUCUUUAAAACCGGAUCUCAGCGCAUCCUGGAGGUACUGGUCAAGGCUCAGGCGCCGCACGAUGGCUACAUUUUCGACCGGCUAGACGAUUGCCUAAAGCAAGCUCAGCACCGGGUGCAAAGCCUCCAGGUAUUCUGCUUCAUAGUGCGUCACCACCCCACUUGGCUGUACAAGAUCGAAAAACACCGGCUGAUCAAGAGCGUUUUCAAGCUGUUGACGCACGAGAAGGAGAUAGUGCCGCUUAUGAGCGCUCUGUUGUGCAUCAUCACCCUACUACCGAUCAUCCCGAAUUCCGUGCCCAACUUCCUCAACGACCUGUUCGAGGUAUUUGGGCAUUUGGCCUCGUGGAAGCUGCAGAACAAAAAUAUGCCGGACGAGAAGCUCGUUCACCUACAGUUGGGGCUGCAGAUGCUGUUUCACCGCUUGUAUGGCAUGUAUCCGUGCAGCUUCAUGGCCUAUUUAGGGGAGUUCAUCAAGCGGGGCAACGGCGGCGGUAUCUUUCAGCACACGAUCAAGCCGCUGUUGGACACGGUGCGAGUGCAUCCCAUGCUGCUGACGGCCACGCCAGAGACGGAGGUGAACAACACGCGCUGGAAGGAGAUGGAGCCGCAUGACGUAGUCAUGGAGUGCGCCAACCUCUCGCUGCCUGUCCUUUUGCCCGAGGCAAGCAACGAAGACGGCAGCUAUGCGUAUCCCAUAACCCCGGGCUACAGCCGCAUGACGUCGAACACCUCAAAUACAGACUACAGCUAUCAACUGAGGGAGUUCCAACAUUCAAAGAACGUCUACGCUCGCUUCGAUUUAUCUGCUUCGGGUGGAGAUCUGGGACCGAUCUGGAGUCCGCACAAUGAGAUCACGACAGCUAGUAGCGCCAUACCUCUGACGCCCACCACAUCGUUUAUUUUGCCACUUCAGCCGACGAUGAAUUCGCAGCUAAUGGUGGGCAUGACGGGCUCCUCGCCGCCCGAAGCUGCUGUGGAGGCCACCCCGGAAACAACACCCCUUAAGGAUGUCAGGGAGAUCAAGCAGCCAGGUCGAGCUGUUAACUCUCAUGCGGCGAGAGCUAUCUUUACCACGAGCCAGCCCUCUUCGCCCAUGCGCAAGGACCAGCAAAGUCUGUUCAGUUUUCCGGAUGUGAGUCGAGAGGCCGCGGAGGGAAGUACCACAUUUCUGGAAGUCACCAGCUUUACCUCUUUUGAUCGACGCCUGCAAAAAGUCAUCCAAGAUAGGCACAACGUAGAGCGAUUUGUUAACACAUCCCAUCCCAGCAGCCUGCCGGAAAUUAACUCGGAUUUAUCCCUCGUUGGAGCUUCCGCCUAUUCUGCUGCCACUCAGGAGGACGCUGCCGUAUGCGGCGAGUGCAACGAGACUGACGGCAACCGGUGCAGCGUGGGAGGGCUACACAUGCCCACCAGCCGAUCCAUGCACCAGUUGGCCAAGAGGCGCCGCAACCGCAUGGCCAGCUACAGUGGCAAUGAUACCUGUGCGGACAGCAGAAGUUCGGCAGCCAAGAAGGCCAGUUGGAGUGCGGAGGCAGAGAACCCAAUGCGGCGGACUAAAUCCUGCUCAGCCCUUGCCGGAUUGCAACAGCAGCAUCUGGAGGAGAACGAUGACGAGGCCGAUUGUUCUGGUCAGAGACAGAAAACGGAGAAUGGAACUACGCAAAAGACUGGGAGCCGCCUGCAGAGGAGCGGCCGAAUCCUGGCCAUGUCGGCGCCCAAGGAGCCGGCUAGAAGCUACGCCCACGCCUUCACCCAGACGGUGGAAGGAGUGGAUAGUGCUCCGCCGCAGUACGAGAAUUGGCUGAUUGAACUUCUGCUCGAGUGCAAGGAGCAGCGGAAUAACUAUGAGAGAAGCCUUCUCUAUCCGCAGGAUAUCCUGGACGAGUACAUCAAGCAUGCGAUCAAGGCCAAUGAGACCUUUGAUGCCGAACAAGGUCAGCUAAUGUGCCUGCAGCUAGAGUACGAGAGCUACCGGCGCUCCAUUCACGCUGAGCGCAAUCGGCGACUCAUGGGUCGGAGUAGAGACAAGCGCAGCCUAGAAAUGGAGCGGGAUCGACUUAGGGAGCAGCUUAAGAACUUCGAUACGAAGAACAAGGAUCUGGCCAGUAAGAUGGAUAAUGCCAUGCGGAUAGCCAACGAGCGCCAGAAAACCCACCAGGAGGAGCUAAGCGAGAUGAGGUCGAAGUACCAACAUGAGCUGGAGGAGAAGAAGUGCCUGCGAGAGGCCAAUGAUGACCUGCAGACGCGCCUCACAAGUGAGGUGGCGCGCCACAAGGAGAUGAACUACGAACUGGAGUCGCUGCGAGGACAGGUUUUCAGUCUGGGCACCGAAUUACAGCACACCCAGCACCAGGCCGACUUGGGGCAGCAGUGCAAACAGGAGUUGGCGCGCUUGGAGGCCGAGUUCAUCAUUAUGGGCGAGGUGCAGGUGCGUUGCCGCGACCGUCUGGCCGAGAUCGAUAAUUUCAGGGCCCGUGACGAGGAACUGCAGAUGCUGCAAGAAAGCAGCCAGCUAGAACUGAAGGAGCUGAGGCACAGCCUGGACGAAAAGACAUCACAGCUGGAGAGCAUGAAGCACAAGAUCAGCGACUUGCAGGCCCAGCUUUCCAACAGCGAGAAGGCCAUGACGGAGCAAAAGCGACUCCUCAGCACGGUCAAAGAUGAGUAUGAGGAAAAGUUCAAGUCGGUGAACAAAAAAUACGAAGUGCAGAAGAAGAUUAUCAUGCAGAUGGAAGAAAAGCUAAUGAUGAUGAUGAUGCAGCCGCAGGGAAUAGCAGGUCACAACACCUGCUCUCCGGACACGGACAGAACUGACAUUGCCUCAUCCAUUGAGCGCAACUCCCCGCUGUCCACCUCGCUGGCAUCCAGCGAGAGCCUGUCGGCCAGCCUGCGCUCCACGGAGCUAAAGAACCUGCAACAACUGGUGGACACGCCCUCGAUACCGGAGGUGCUGAGCAGCUUAGCCGCUGGCGCCCAGUUUGAAGACGGGGUGCGUUUGCCUGCCGUGGAUCUAGCCUCAUCGGCCAGCACCGCCAGUGCCAUUAACAUCGUGCCGCACGCCUUGGACCUGCCGUCGACCUCCGGCGGCAUUGGUCACACGCUCACCCACCCACAUCCGCAUCCGCAUCUCCACUUGCAGCAGCAGCAACACGAUCAGAUGCAGCUGGAGCAGCAGGCGCUGUUUGUAAAAAAGAACUAGCUUUCCUUCACUAAAGAAUUGUGAAUUGGGAAAUCCCACACAGGAAAUAUACAAAAAAAAAGUUAUUGGUUCUUCAUAUUUUCAUAUUCAGUUUAAAACUGUAACUAAGGUUUAAUAAAUCGCUGACUCCACGCAAUAAUUAUAAAAGUUAUACAAAAUAUUAAUGUUUGAAA